UUGAAAAAGAUCUUACCUUUCGUCUUCUGUUCACCAAUUCCCAAUUCGAAACCCUAACUUUUAUCGAAGUUCCAAGUUUCCCAAACCUUUCAAUGGCGCCAAAGGGAGAGAAGAAGCCUGCUGAGAAGAAACCCGCAGAGGAGAAAAAGACCACCGUUGCCGAGAAGGCUCCUGCUGAGAAGAAGCCAAAGGCUGGAAAGAAGCUACCUAAGGACGGUGGUGCCGCCGCUGGUGACAAGAAGAAGAAGAGAAACAAGAAGAGCGUAGAGACAUACAAGAUCUACAUCUUCAAGGUUCUGAAGCAAGUUCACCCAGACAUUGGAAUCUCAAGCAAGGCCAUGGGUAUCAUGAACAGUUUCAUCAACGAUAUCUUCGAGAAGCUUGCUGCUGAAUCUUCAAGACUUGCAAGGUACAACAAGAAGCCAACUAUCACUUCCAGGGAAAUUCAGACUGCUGUCAGGCUUGUUCUGCCCGGAGAAUUGGCUAAGCAUGCCGUGUCUGAGGGUACUAAAGCUGUAACUAAGUUUACAAGUUCUUAAACUUGAAAUGUUUUCAAUGGUUUUUAUUUUUUGGAUCUUUGUUCGCUUGGGUGUUAUGUUACUGUAACUGAUUUUAGAAACCAUUAGAUUGAUAUUUGUUAGUAUGUAGUUUUUGUUAUAUUUUCGAAACUGUAACGAAGUGGAUCUAGUUGUUACAUUGUAUUAAAAUCGUUGAAUCAAUUAUUAUACUAGAUUUCAAAAA